AUGGCCCUGGCGGGCAUGGAGCGGACUUUCGGUCGAUCCCCGACCUUCCUCGUGAAUACGGACCAGCAGCGAAGUAACCUGGAUUCCCUGGUUCGGCGUGAGCAGCACUUGGCAGAACAGUAUCAGAAGAACAAGCCCCUGAUGUUUAAUGGGAAUGCGUAUCAAAAGACGCAUCCUCAGAAGGCCAUUGCACCUGGACAUCGAGAUGCCGAUGCCACGGUGGUUUCUCCAAUGCUACUCGGUUGUGCAGACGGCGUGUCUCAGAUCGAGGAGUUUGGACUAGAUGCAUCAGAGCUUCCGCGAGAGCUUCUGGCAGCCUGCGAGGAGCAAGCCACUGCCUUGCUCAUGCCGGAUCAAGCUGGGAAGAUCUCAGAGCUCUACAGAGGGCCUAUUCCUUUGAUGCGCGAGGCCUUCCAGAACACCGAGAGCAUGGGCUCCACCACGGUGUGUCUCUCCGUGCUGGACAACAGUACCAGAAUCCACGGCAAGCUCCACCCCAUGAUGGCCAUCAUCUCCAUAGGCGACUGUGAGCUGAUGGUUCUCCGCCAGAACAUGGCGAGUGGCCGACUUCGGUACGAAACGGUGUUCAAUACGGAAAUGCAGCGCAUCGGCGGGAACUGCCAGUGUCCGCUCCAGGUCUGCCGAGUUGAUGGCAGAAUUGAUGCCGCUUUCGACGAGCGGAUGACCAUCGAGGUCAUCGAGAGAGGAAGUGCCGUUCACAUGGUCUCCGUGUACGAGGGUGACUUGGUGGUCAUUGGCAGCGACGGAGUCUUUGACAAUCUCUUUAAGGACGAGGUCGCCGCGAUCAUCAACCAACUGAUUCCCAGACCUUCCACUCCCGGCGAGAAGUUCCGGCCCUUGGACAAGGCUUUCAUGGGAGAGGUGGCAAGGUACAUCGUGGAUGCCUGCCACAUGAAGACCAAGGCCGACCUGCGGACCGGCAAGUAUCCCGACACGCCGAUCGGUAAGGGCGGGAAGCGCGACGACACGUGCUGUGUGGUUGGCGAAGUGGUCGAGUGGACGGAGAUGGACUGCAUGUACUGGGAGGGCGUCCAGCGGCGGAGAAGAAUGAAGGAGCUGGUGACCUGCGGUGGGGUGCUGAGCCUGGGGAUGAUGUGCAUAGACGAAGAUGAAGAGGACGAGGAAGAUGAUGACAGCAACUGGUGUCGGUCACGUGAUGGACGGGACUUCUCCACCGUAUCCUUCGUCUCAGAGGAGGAGGAGGAUAGGGCUCGAGGUUGUGCUGUCUUUGCCCCGGCAGAGUGCUCCGCUGUUGCAGUGACUGUGCCCUCGGACGGUUUAGGUCAUGUAAUCCGCGGCGCUACCGCGAGCUUUGGAGUGAGACCCUUCAUACGGAUACCUGGAAGGCUGUAG